AUGGCUUCUAAUCAAGAAGAUAAAAAGAACAAACGUUGGCUCGAGUGCCAAUUUCAUGAUGCCGAUCAAACAUCGAUUAAGAAACCCGAUGAGUUAGGAAUCAGCGAGAAAGGUUUUGCACCGUUGCAAGAAAUCAAUCCUGAUCUAGUGGAUCGUAUCCAAGGUUCAAUGUUUGGGUUGGUCGUGGGCGAUGCUCUUGGGGCUCACGUUGAAUUCAGGCCUAACAGUUAUUUGACUGCUAAUCCAGUCAAAGAUCUAGUAGGGGGAGGGACAUGGGGUCUACAACAAGGACAAUUCACUGAUGACACCUCUAUGGCACUUUGUCUAGCCAAUUCGCUGAUUGCUCGUCAAGAUUUUGUUCCGUACGACCAAUUAGUUCGCUACAAGUGGUGGUAUCGACAUGGCUACAUGUCAUCAACUGGUAAUUGUUUCGACAUUGGUGCGGCCACUCGACAAUCUAUCGAAGAAUUUGAAACGCGUCAAAGGAACAUUCGAUGUGAAUUGCAGCAAAGAGGACGUGGCUGGUAA